UUCACUAAGGGACUUUCGUUUGGAACGUCCCUAAUGGCGCCCCCUUCUCGAAGUACCCUUCAAGGGCGCAAAAAAGCCGUUUGGGAUUCGCCCAUAAUAUCCUGUAUUGCUGUCGAAGCCUGCAGUAAUCAACGGCUUUUAGAAAACACUGUUGAAAAUCUCUGUAAACAAACGAAAAAAUAAAACAGCCGCACCGUCAUCAACUGAUUCUGGCAGGGAGUCGAAAUUCGGCACAAUACCGGCUACAGAAGCGAAUAUCUUCCAAAUUCACAAACAGAGAGAGACUUUACAGCAACUGAGAAUCGCGCCUUUUCUUGAAUAUGUGAAUGACGUUUAAGGAGGACCCAGUCAAAUUAUCUAUGAAAGAUACUUAGAGACGAACAGAACAACCUGAUGCUGUGAAUAGAGAGACAACGCAACAGCUCAUAGUGGGCGUGCCCGCAUAUAUGCACGUGUAGACAGAGCUCCACCCACCAGUAACAUAAACAGGGCAGGCUCCACCCAUUUGAACAAUUUGGCUCUGCAGUGAGCGCCACUUGUUUUUAGACAUUUACAGUGUGGGAGAACGGCCAGGGAGGGAAUAUGAUUCAUGCUUUUGCUUUGUUGUCGAUGUGCUUGUGGUGUCUAGUUGAUGUGACAGAUGAAAUGAAGUCAGUAUCAGUGAUGGAGGGAGAUUCGUUCACUCUUCACACUGAUGUUACUGAAGCACAGAAAUAUCUGCUAAUACAGUGGAUGUUCGGUAGCACUCGAAUAGCUGAAGUCAACAGACUCACACAAACCAACUCAACAUACGAUGGUCUUGAUGGGAGAUUCAGAGACAGAUUAAAUCUAGAUCAGACUGGAUCUCUAACCAUCACAAACACCAGAAUCACAGACUCUGGGCUUUAUCAACUAGCAAUUGUUAACAAAGAAACCAGCUACACGAAUUUCAAUGUUACAGUCUGUGUGACUCCACACAAUUCUUCAUCAUCAGAAAGAUCGUCAAGCUCAAACUAUGUGUCGUCCAGCUGUGCGGUCAACAAUUCAAUCGUCAAUCACACUGAGGGUGCCAACAUUACUGAGCUCUAUCAGCCGAGUUCAGACUGCAUUUACUGUUGUGGUUUUACUGAAGCUGUGAUCCGAUUGGCUCUCUCUGCUCUGGUGGGCGUGGCUGCCGUUGCUGUGCUGGUUUAUGACAUCCGAUCUGCAAGAAGUGAGCUGAACAGAACAGAAGAGAGAGGAUAUUUCUAUAAGACCCAUGGAGUAAAACCAGACCAAAAUGAAUUGAGCAGAAGGUUGAGAUCAGAUAUGUUUGCUGAAGGUCACUAA